UGGGUAUAGAACAUCACAAACCCAUCCACCCUUUCAACUCCAAACCUAAGAAAAAAUUAAGUUGCUCCGCGCAUACUCCGCGCAUAACUCCGUACAUCUUAAAAUCAGCUAAAGGCGCUUUUCCAAUCACCACAUCAUCCAAUUCCACGCCAACUUCCAAAAUUACGCAUUACCUAUCUCGAAUUUUUUAAAGGCCUCAGAUUGGAAGGGAACUAGCUACUCUUUUUUAGCCUCAAAGGAAAAAAUAAUUCCUUGAUCUAUAGCCUCGCAGAACACUCUAGCCACUGCAGCUUACUUGGAAUAUUCUCUCCUCUUAGGAGGCUUUCCUUUUUUUUGCGACCAAUUAAAUUCAUCUCCUAACUGAUUCCUCAACAUCGUCCCCGCAGUCUCCAGUUCUCAUCCAUCAAUAUGAUGGCCGAUGUCCCUCAGAGGAAACCAAUGCCACCUGGUUUCGGAACUUCUUCUGGUGCAUCAUACAACAAUCAUAGUCGAACUCGUACUACUUCUUCCACUACCUUCCCUUCCAUCAAUUACCCUCCUCAACAUCCACAAAAUCUUUACCCCGGAAAUAUGCAGAUAAGCGGAUUUUCUUCGAGGAGAACUCCCUCCACGGGUACUUUUUCAACGACUGCCAGUAGUGGUGGUAAUGGACCUGUGCCAAAUCGAAAUUCUCAAGACCUGAGGCGAUCCACCUCUUCACGGUCGGGAAAUAUGCAACCACAAGGUUAUGUGGCUCUAAUGCGAAAACAAAAGGCGACUGUUUGGUGUGAUAGAUCGCAACGUGAGGAUCCACGAUUAAUAGCUCAACAAAAGGCUGCAAAGGAGAGAGCGGCGGCGGCAGUUCUUGGAGGACCUUUACAAGGGAGAAUAUCUACAGGCGGAACAAAUAGUCUUGUCGGAAGUAAUAGGGUUACAGCAAAAAUAAGACAUCAUGGGAAGGCUGGAUUGGUAGGAUAUAGUCCUGGAGAUCUCGUUGGAGGUGUAGUUGGUGUGCCAAUGAGAUUGAGUGCGAGUGAGGUGGAAGGUGGGGAUAGUGAUGAUGAUGGGGAUAGCGGAGGAAUUCUAUACCAUCGAAGAACUGGUAGUGGACGCAGUAGUGUUGGAAGUGGCAGAAGAGGUCUCACAUAUUCACGACAAUCCGGUGCAAGUUCAACUGCUGGCAGAUGGAGUUCAGGUCAUACACCACCUAGUGAAAGAGAAAGACGGGAAUCGAUUGCGGCCGAGGCUGGGGAAACUCCUGUACCAAUUGGCCAUCCAAAAGCUAGAGAUUACUUUGAGGGAGGCGAUGGGACGAGAAGUGCAGGGGGGAGCAUUAGCAGUGGAGAACGGGCGGAUGGUAUUGCGGAUCUAAACUCGGGUGACGCCGCCAGGUUAGCAAGUAACAGCUUGCUUAAAUCAUCCAUGACACGAGAAAAGAGCGUCAAGAAUCCCGACGAAUUAAGAAGAAGGGGAAGUGUUGACGAGCGAACAACAACCAUGACUCUAGGUGCUGGUCGACUAUUUAUCGCCAACCCAGAUCAUUCGGAUAGUGAUUAAAAAGCAAGACGGAAAUGAAGAAUGCAUUUGCCGGUUGAGAGAAGCACAAGACAACAAAAGACCUGCGAUUAGGAGAGGGGAUACCUUUAGACGGUGGAAUUCACAUCACAUCACAUCAUGAUGAAAAUAACAUUACCUUGGAGCAAAGAGCAAAGCAAGCAACUGCAUUUAAAAGGCGUAGCAUGGGAGUAUUAUGGAUUACAUGGCAAUAUCAAUUUGGAUUGGUUUAGUGGAGUUAGGAAUUGGGUGUGCUUUUCAUGGCUGGCAUACACUUUUUAUACAUGGUCCGUGGGAACUUUUUUGGAUUGGGUACAAGGACUGCUUUAAUCAUCCGCUGCAUGUUUGUCGACGCCGACUUGGGCUCAAAGCUUGAAUUAUUGGACUGGAAUUGUUCGAACAAUCGUUUUAUUAGCGUUGCAUUGUUGUUUGGCCCUGAUGAUAUGGGCAGAGUACGAAUGGACUUGGCAUGGGAUGUGGCCUAGAUGGCACAUGCUUACACACAUACACACAUACUUAGGAGGUGAUAAUGGUAUACUGAAUGAUGAAGAUGAGAUUGGAAAUACUGAAUUGAAUUGAAGUGAAGUGAGCGUGAAGUGAGCGUGAAGUGAGUGUGGAA